AUGUCGGGAUUCGAAAUCAUCGGUGUUAUCCUUGGGGGGCUUCCACUAUGUAUCGAGGCUGCGAAAGCUUCCAAGCCCAUCUACAAUGCCAUCGAAACAUGGUGGAAUUUUGACAGAAGAUUCACCGAGCUGGUGAAUGAUAUCAGGGGUGAACUGCUAAUAUUUAGUCAAAAUAUCACGUUGUUGAUCAAGAGGCUUGGCAUAUCAGAAAGAGAACAGCAGACACUAUGGACUUCUCAGCAAUUCUGGAGUCAUGAUGACAUUAAUGCGAAGAUCAAGGACCACUUGGCCGAUUCAGUGCCGCAUGUACAAGAGUUGUUGGAACAGCUUCAAGGAUAUUUCAGUGCUCUCUUUGCAAUCUUGCCCAUUUACAACAACCAGGUUAUCCUACCAUCGCCCGGCUCUUCUGAAUUUGAAGCUUUGCGGCGGCAUGUUAGCUUCUCUCAUCAAAGACAUGAAAUCUUUAACAAGAUUCGAAAUAUCAACGAACAGCUCUGGGUCAUUUUCAGAAACGCCAAUGACAUUCAAGAAAUAAAUUUGAAGAAUCGUAGCCAAUCUAUCCAGAGCCCCGCCGACCUCUCGUUCUUCUCUAACCUUCAGAGAGAAUCAAGUGUAUUUUACAAGACAUUAAAAGCUCAGCUCAAUUGCUCUUGUCAUCUCGCACAUACAUGCGGAAUUUCUAGUCAGUGGAGCGGGUCGAAAUUUGACAUUGACAGCAUAUGUCUCAGUUUCUUGGCAGGCAAUAGCACGCCAAUAAAGCAAUUCCAGUGGAAAAUGGAGGCAGUACAUCGAAAAGAGAUCGGAGCACCUCUUGAGGCAGAACAGCGGCCUGAUAAAGUUGUUCUGAUCAAUCAGCUGGGUCAGGAAAUGAAACAACAGAAGCGGAAGGAAGAUGGCCUGAAAGCAAUGAAGAAAAGAUCACCCGCGACACUGGCUCACCAAACUUUAUCACUGGUAACUGGUUUGACGAACAGGAAGUCCAAAAACACUCAGCCGAACCAAACGACGAGUUCUAUCACUGAUAUAUGCCAUUUCAUUCAGACACCACCACCUCUCGACGAACAGUUUCUGGGAACGAUUGAGGCCCUUGACCAUGAUCUCCACCUCUUUUUGGAGCCAAUAUACCAGAUGAAACUGUUGGAAUCUCAGACAGAGACAAUCGAUGAAUUUCUGAGCAAAACACCAAAACUUAGCACGCGGUUACGAAUAGGCUUCUCUGUCGCUGUUACACUCCUUGCUCUUGGCGCUUCAGCUUGGGUCCCUAUAGCCUGGAGCCGAGAUGAUAUCAUUAUGAAGCGUUAUCAUCUUGCCCAAAGCCAGGAUUUGACCUUUGGCCCUUACAUCCAACACUCGUCUCUUUCAUUCACCCUCGCAGAGACGCCGCUUCAAGUCAAGUACCACAGUGAGAUGACUGUAUUUUCACUCGGAGUCCUGCUCCUAGAACUCUUCUAUCGCAAACCGUUAGAGGAGUCACCAUACUGGGCUAAAUAUUGUGUCAAUGGCAGACCAAACGAAAGUACCGAGUUGAAAGCUGCGUUAGCAUGGAAUCAAGAUUUGGCAAAGGAUCCAGUCCUGCGAGACGGUCUGGCCGAGCCAGUGAGAAGAUGUUUACAGAUGUCUUUCAAAUCAAGACCAGAUUUAGGAAGUAGUGAUUUUCUUCAGGAUGUUUUCGGGGCAGUUAUAAAACCUCUGGAGCAGUUUAUCGACGACUUUGAAUGA